AUGCAGCUUGCCAUUCCUUUCCUUCUAGGCCUGAGCUGGCUCGCCAAGGCCGCCUACAUCCCUGUCCUGAGCUCCAACUCUACCGAGAUUGUAUCUCGCGAUGUUGGCGGGUAUCGCUCUGUGGCAUAUUUCGUGAACUGGGCUAUCUACGGUCGCAACUACCAACCCCAGAACCUUCCCGCCGAACGUCUGACACAUGUGCUUUACGCAUUCGCCAAUAUCCGCACCAACGGCGAGGUCUACCUAUCUGAUACCUGGUCGGACACCGACAAGCACUACGACGGUGAUUCCUGGAAUGACGUUGGAACCAACGUCUACGGCUGUAUCAAGCAGCUGUUCCUGCUGAAGAAGCGAAACGCCAAACUCAAGGUUCUUCUGUCAAUUGGAGGCUGGACCUACUCGUCCAGCUUUGCCCCUGCGUUUGAUAACGAUGCCGGACGGCAGAAAUUUGCCGACUCUUCCGUGGAGCUGCUGAAGAACCUGGGUUUCGAUGGUAUUGAUGUUGAUUAUGAGUACCCAAGCAAUGAUGAUCAGGCGGACAAGUUCGUUGACGCGCUUCGACGCCUGCGUGGUGCUUUGGAUUCCUACAGUGCCGGCAACGCAGGUGGUUACCAUUUCCUGCUUACUGCCGCAUCCCCCGCUGGUCCCUCCCACUACCGCCAGGAGCGUCUGAACCAGAUGGACCAGUACCUGGACUUCUGGAACCUCAUGGCCUACGAUUACUCCGGCAGUUGGGACACAGUCGCCGGCCACAAUGCCAAUCUCCACGGAUCCAAGGAUAACCCAUCCAGCACCCCAUUCAACACGGACCAAGCUAUUGACUACUACACCUCACAGGGAGUUGCUCCACACAAGAUCGUGCUUGGUAUGCCGCUGUACGGCCGGGCAUUCACCAGCACCGACGGCCCCGGAAAACCCUACAACGGGGUUGGAGCGGGCAGCUGGGAGAAUGGAGUGUGGGACUACAAGGGUCUGCCGCUCCCCGGCUGCCAAGUCACCGUUCUGGACCAGCCCGGUGCUAGCUACUGCUACGAUCCUGCCAAUCGACUCUUCGUUAGCUACGACACUCCUGAGAUUGCCCGUCAGAAGGGUCGGUAUAUCCGCGACCGGGGACUCGGUGGUGGUAUGUGGUGGGAGAGUAGUAGUGAUAAGGCUGGUGGUGACAGUUUGAUUACAGCGGUUGUUGAUACACUCGGCGGCGUCGGGGCUUUGGAGCAGAGCGGGAAUCAGCUUCACUACCCUGCCUCCAAGUAUGAGAACUUGAAGAGCGGUUUUCCUUAA